UUUUAUUCCAAUGGCUGCUGUCGCUCCUAAGGCCACUGAGGCGGUUGCCGAGAAGGUCAACCCCAUGCGUGAGCUCCGCAUCGAGAAGCUCGUCGUCAGCAUCUGCGUCGGCGAGUCUGGUGAUCGUCUCACCCGCGCCGCCAAGGUGCUCGAGCAGCUUACCGGUCAGACCCCCGUCUUCUCGAAGGCCCGCUACACCAUCCGCUCGUUCAGCAUUCGCCGCAACGAAAAGAUUGCCGUCUACGCCACCGUCCGCGGUCCCCAGGCCCUCGACAUUCUCGAGAAGGGCCUCAAGGUCAAGGAGUUUGAGCUUCGCCGUUACAACUUCUCCGACACCGGCAACUUCGGCUUCGGUAUUGAGGAGCACAUCGAUCUCGGCCUCAAGUACGAUCCCUCGAUCGGCAUUUAUGGCAUGGACUUCUACAUUGUCAUGGGCCGCCCCGGCCAGAACAUCAACAAGAAGCGCCGCACCCCCGCUCGCGUCGGCGUUUCGCACCGCAUCUCCAAGGCUGAGACCAUGAAGUGGUUCCAGAAGAAGUUCGAUGGUGUCCUCCUCGGCGGUGCCAGGCCCAUCAAGAAGUCCAACUUCCGCAAGAAGAAAUAAAUUUGUUAACCCUUAUUUUCCUUCUCUGACCUCGGACUCUGGUUGGCAAGGCAGUAUGCGUACACGGCAUGAGCUUUGUCUCUUGUUUUCGCGCUGGAUGUUGCGUGUGUUGCAUUGUACUGUCUUAAAUACUACAUUUUCUCAAACA